ACUGACGAGUUCGUACUCCCGACCGCAGCCCUGGGAGACGUCCCGAGGGCGUCUGGGGUCCGAUUCGAGACCCGUCCGUAUUCAGUGAACCCCACCCGGAUUGGGCUGUUUGGAGCUCCUCCGCAGUCAGAAGGGCACGUGGUUCUUCUGGGAGUAGGGAGAUCCGGACUCUCGCUAUCUCCAACUCAGACUUUGCUCUCGGUUCUACGCCGAAGCCGCGCUGCGCGAUUUUGUUGUUUUGUUAUUGGUUUUCUGUUCUUUUGUUUGGUUUUGUCUGUGUCCGUGUUUGAAAAUAUGGGACAGUCCUUAAUUACCCCUUUGAGUCUAACUUUACAGCACUGGAGGGACGUCCAGGACAUUGCGAACAACCAGUCCGUGGAAGUCCGAAAAAGGCGUUGGGUAACUUUCUGUUCGUCUGAAUGGCCCACGUUUAACGUGGGCUGGCCGCGGGAUGGUACAUUCGACCUUACUAUUAUUUCACAGGUCAAAGCCAAAGUGAUGGACCCCGGCCCUCAUGGGCACCCAGACCAAGUUGCCUACAUCGUGACUUGGGAGGCAAUGGCAUAUGAUCCACCACCAUGGGUUAAGCCUUUUGUCCCUCCCAAACCCCCACUUCCUCCGUCUGCUCCCUCCUUACCCCCUCCACUCCUCCCCACUCCAACAGGACCCCCAUCCCGCUCAUCUCUAUAUCCGACUCUUACUGACCCCUCAAAAAUCAAACCUCCUCCUCCGCAGGUUCUGCCCGCGGGGGAUGACCUAUUGGUAGACCUCCUCACGGAGGACCCCCCCCCCCUACCGAGAACAGGCCCUCCCGCCUCAGGUGGCCGACUCGACCGAUGA